GGCACGGCUCUGUGCAGCAGCCCGCUGCCGGCUCCGGAGACCUGUGUGUGCAGGUACUGCAAAGCGACGGUGCUCUGCUCCGAGAGCCACGAGUUUCCCGGGGUGACCCUGAAAUGUCACGGCGUCUGUGCCGAAGAGCCGGUGCACGGGGAGGGCCUCGAGAAGUACUUCGCCCAGCUCCGCCUG